GCGGGCGGCUGGCCGAGCGCCGUGCCGGGCGGCGAAUUCGGUCGUCACCGGGAAGAAAUCGCUGAUGAGUUCGGGCGGUGACAGCCCCUGGAAUUCCCGGAGUCCCGUGAGGACGUUACAGCCGAUCCGAACGUUAAUAUGCUGCCACACGAGGCGUUUGGGAAAUGGCAGAGAACUCUUUUGCGCUUUCAUUCGCUACUUUUCGCUCGACUAUACCUUCUGUAAAGCUUUGUGGAAGAUAUAUGUGUGUGCUGCAAUGGUGACAUAAAUAUUUAAGAGGACUGGAACAAGUUGUUGAGAAUCUGUGUUUGUUUUUAAUGCUGCUGUUGAGAUCAAUCUAAGACAAGUAUACAACAUGAGUUUUGUCAUGAAACUUCACAGACAUUUUCAAAGAACGGUUAUUUUGCUGGCCACUUUUUGUAUGGUGAGCAUUGUUAUUUCUGCAUACUACCUGUAUAAUGGCUACAAACAAGAAAAUGAACUUUCUGAAAUCUCUUCAGAAGUGGAAUGUGGUGAUCUUUCACUGUUUCCAUACAAGCUGAUGGAGAUGAAGACCAUGAAGCCUAUCGAUCCCCUGAGGACAGAUCUUGUAGUGCUGGUGUUUGUGGAAAGUCAAUAUUCAACAUUAGGCCAAGAUAUAAUAACCAUUUUAGAAUCUAGCAGAUUUCAGUAUCACAUUGAAAUUGCAUCUGGAAAAGGUGACCUCCCAGUGCUUAUAGACAAAAAUAAGGGCAAAUAUGCUCUCAUAGUGUAUGAAAAUAUUCUAAAGUAUGUGAAUAUGGACUCUUGGAACAGAGGUCUUCUAGAUAAGUACUGCAUAGAAUAUGGUGUAGGGGUUAUUGGAUUUUACAAAGGCAAUGAGAACAGCUUACAGAGCUUUCAGUUGAAGGGCUUUCCUUUCCACAUCCACAGCAAUCUAGGUCUUAAGGACUGUUGCAUUAACCCUUAUUCCCCAUUGCUCCAAGUGACUAAAUCCUCUAAGCUUGAGAAAGGUCCUUUGCUUGGAAAUGACUGGGCAGUUUUCCAGAUUAAUCAUACAGCUUACCAACCAGUGAUAUUUGCAAAAGUGAAGACACCAGAAAACCUUCUGCUACCUGCUGCUAAAAGUGCUCUGCAUGCUACAGUAAUUCAUGACCUGGGUCUCCACGAUGGGAUACAACGAGUCCUUUUUGGCAAUAACUUGAAUUUUUGGCUUCACAAGCUGAUUUUCAUAGAUGCCAUCUCUUUUCUGUCUGCAAAGAAGCUCAGACUGUCCUUGGAUAGGUACCUUCUGGUUGAUAUAGAUGACAUCUUCGUUGGGAAGGAAGGAACAAGAAUGAAUGCCAAUGAUGUACAGGCCUUGCUUGACACUCAGAAUCUUUUGAGAACACAGAUUACAAAUUUUACUUUCAAUCUGGGCUUUUCAGGAAAAUUUUAUCACACAGGCACUGAGGAGGAAGAUGAAGGUGAUGAUUUGCUGUUGAGAUCUGUGGAUGAGUUUUGGUGGUUUCCCCACAUGUGGAGUCACAUGCAGCCUCAUCUCUUCCACAAUGAGUCGUCACUGGUGGAGCAGAUGAUCCUCAACAAAAAAUUUGCCUUAGAACAUGGUAUUCCAACUGAUAUGGGCUAUGCAGUGGCUCCUCACCAUUCUGGAGUAUAUCCAGUGCAUGUUCAACUUUAUGAUGCCUGGAAAAAGGUCUGGAAUAUCAGAGUUACUAGCACAGAAGAAUACCCACACCUGAAGCCUGCACGGUAUAGACGAGGCUUCAUCCACAAAAAUAUAAUGGUGCUUCCUAGGCAAACUUGUGGCUUAUUCACCCACACUAUUUUCUACAAAGAGUAUCCUGGAGGCCCAAAGGAACUAGACAAAAGUAUCCAAGGUGGAGAGUUGUUCUUCACGGUGGUUCUCAAUCCUAUCAGCAUCUUCAUGACCCACUUGUCUAAUUAUGGGAAUGACCGCCUGGGGCUGUACACUUUUGAGAACCUGGCCAACUUUGUGCAGAGCUGGACCAACCUGCAACUGCAGACUCUGCCUCCAGUUCAACUGGCUCGCAAGUACUUUGAGCUAUUCCCUGAGCAAAAGGACCCACUCUGGCAGAAUCCCUGUGAUGACAAACGGCACAGAGAUAUCUGGUCCAAAGAGAAAACCUGUGAUCGAUUACCAAAAUUCUUGGUUGUAGGACCUCAGAAAACUGGUACCACCGCCUUGUAUUUGUUCCUGGUCAUGCACCCUUCCAUCAUUAGUAACUCCCCCAGCCCAAAAACCUUUGAGGAGGUACAGUUCUUUAAUAGAAAUAACUACCACAGGGGGAUUGAUUGGUACAUGGAUUUCUUCCCCACUCCUUCCAAUACCACCACCAACCUUCUCUUUGAGAAAAGUGCCAACUAUUUUCAUUCUGAGGAAGCUCCUAAGCGAGCUGCUUCCCUCAUCCCCAAGGCCAAGAUCAUCACCAUCCUCAUCGACCCAUCUGACCGGGCCUAUUCCUGGUAUCAGCAUCAGCGCUCACAUGAAGAUCCUGCAGCCCUAAAAUUCAGUUUCUAUCAGGUGAUCACAGCUGGACCUCGAGCCCCUUCUGAACUCAGAGCUCUCCAAAAGAGAUGCCUAGCACCUGGAUGGUAUGCUACACAUAUUGAGAGAUGGCUAACUUACUUCCCACCUUAUCAGUUGCUAAUUAUUGAUGGACAGCAGCUAAGAACUGACCCAUCUACUGUAAUGGAUGAAGUACAGAAAUUUUUGGGAGUCUCUCCUCAUUAUAAUUACUCAGAAGCCCUAACGUUUGAUUCACAUAAAGGUUUCUGGUGUCAACUUCUGGAAGAAGGAAAGACCAAAUGCCUUGGAAAGAGCAAAGGUAGAAAAUACCCUCCUAUGGAUUCGGAGUGCAGGGCUUUUCUGUCAAGCUACUACAGAGAUCAUAAUGUGGAACUGUCAAAACUCCUACACAAACUGGGACAACCUCUGCCAUCAUGGCUGAGACAGGAACUACAGAAAGUAAGAUAGCAUUGAAAGAAGACUGUUUUGAAAUCUCUUCCACACUUCUGUCAUCCUACCCAAAGUCUACAGUAGCUACCAGAAAGUCUUGUGAAAAUAUACCUCUGCAAAAAAUAGUAAAAGACAGAAAUUACUUCCAUAUGCUGGCAUGUGGAUUGUGAAAAUACACGUGUUUCUUAGCAUUCUGGUAGGACAAAUUUUUCUCAUUAACAUUUCUGGGCCUGUGGAGUUGUGGACUACUGUGCACAUAUGUGGAAGUCAACUGCAGCUGGUAUAAGCUUCAGAGGUACAUGACCUGUCCGAUUUCACGGUAAAUACUUACAUUUUUAUAUAUCAGUUUAAAAGUAUUGUGUCUCAUGUAGGCUUUGUAGCCCACAGUUAGACUGCUGUUUUUCUUAGUAUUUGAUUAUUGUGUCUUGCAUAAAAUAAGAAAAUUUAAUGUAGCAUAAAAUGCCAAGUGUACUUCUGCCAUUGGAAUCAGCUUGCUAAUACCUGAAGUAUAUUCUAAUAAGUGUGAGAAGUACAGUUAUCAUACAUUACUUAGGUGUGCACAGCAGCAAAAUCUGGAAUCCACAGGCAAAAGCAGUGUAGAAAAGAAAAUUGCCUAUGGCCUGUAAAAAUAAACCCUUACAAUGCAGGAAGGGUCUUUGUUCAUAACUACUGUCUGAUUUUGCACUGACUGAAAUUGCAAAAUGCGGAAUGUAUAUUGCAUCUGAACAGAAAUGUAAUUGGGUACAUAAAGCACAAAUGUUGCAAUAAAAUCCAUGUGAGCAGUAUUAUACUUAACAAUGGUGAACCAGACUGAAACAGUACAAUCAACAGUCUUUCACUCCUGGCUUCUGUGAGCAGCCAAAUUUGGAUACUGCACUCUGGUCUUACAUUGCUGUGAAUCUCCACUGAAAUGAAUGAAAAAUUGAUAAAGAGCAGAAACAGACCCAUAUUUAGACUGCCUUAAUUUGCACUACUGGUUUUGCAUAAUUUAUUUGCCUUCAAUCUGUGCUUUGUGUUUUCCAGGGUCCCUAAAUUUGAUCAAAACCGUAGUAUCUUGCAGUGACCUUCAACUUAUGUCAGCUGCAAAAAUCUGUUUUCUAGUUGAAAAUAAUGAUUCUAGCUCCACACAUCUUAAAGUAGCUUGGUAUUAAAGUUCAGAAAUAAGCUUUAGGAAAGAGAAAUUAAGACAGGUUAUGGUAGAAAAUCAGGCUCUAAUCAUGAAAAUACACACAUAUCCAGCCUUACGUUUGUGAUACACCUCAUAAUACAUCAGUUUAAAUGUGAGAUUAAUCAACCAUACUUAAAAAUUGAAAGAGAUAAUUUAAAAUUUCAGCUGAGUAUGGCCUUAAGGUUUCUCUGCUGAACUCUGGCUACAAAUGUUUCUAAAGGCAUAAAGAGGUAGGGAGUACAAAAGAUUACUGCAGUACUAAAUGAAAUGUUUUUCACGGUAGCUCUGUAUUAUUGUCAUAAUUUGUUUUGGGAUGAAUAGUUAAAAAUAUGUAUCAAAUGGUGGAAAAUGUCUCAGUGCUGUUUUACAACCUUUAUGUAAUAAUAUAAUUUAACUUUCAAGGUAAUGGAAUGGAAACCAGUCUGUUAUUCCCUAAAUAGAAAACAGAUGUUGAAAUCCUUACUGUACCUCUAGCUGGUAAUCUUUAAUAUUUAUUGAUUUUGUCUGUGUAGUACCUGGUUUUGAUAGGCUUGUAAAGAAAAAAUCCAGACAAAUUUGUUGUAUAUAACAAUAUUCUUUACACGGCACAUUUUUGCUAAGGGAAUAUGCAUGAUUAAUGAUGAGGACCUGCUAGAGUAGACACUUUUAAAUGAACAUCUUUAUUAUUUAUAAGAGAAUAAAAGUUUUCAUUUCAUUUUAGAUAUUCACUAUUAUAUGGGUUUGACCCAAAAUCUGACUUGUUUUAAAACAGUCUUAUUUGAUAAAAGAAAUGCUUUGUAUUCUGAAUAUCUGUAAGUGCAAAUCCUCUGCAUGCUACGGACAGCUUGUGUCCUACAAGCAUCUAUAUGGAUUUGUUACAAGUAAAUUGAAUAACUGGAGAAAAUACCUGCUGUUUCCAUCCUGACAUGACUGAUUUUAUCCUUAAUAUAAUCUUAUGUAACAUCACUCAAACAUUUAAGGUAGAAGAAAAUUGUAAAUCAGAAGAAAAUGGGAAAAAGUACUACAAAGUGCCUGAGAUUUUCACAAAUUGAGCACUUCCUACACACUGGAAGGAUGGGCUUCAGCCACAUUUGUACUUCCAUCUUUCUUUUCAGAAACUCUGUUCCUGUCUUCUUUCCCUGUGAAAUACAGGCCCCUUCAAAAUGAGAAUAAUUAAGCACCAAGGAGAGAGCAGUGACUGGGGGAGUACACACUGGUUGCCCUCUAGGUAUUUUGCUACAGACAAGGUGACAUGUCUCAGACCUGUGGUCUUUUCUGUGAUGUUUGUUAGGAAUCUGGUCAGAUAGAUCAUCCUUUGCAAAGAAGUGCUGUAGUGAGUCUCAAGUCCUGAUGAGGAACAGUAGGGUGCAGCUCUUCUACUACCCCAAUGUCCUUCCUUUGUUGGAAUAAAGGCGAAUCUUCAGUGAAUUCCUGUGGUAGCUUUGGGUCAGUCCUGUGAACAAAGUAAUGUGACCUUUUGGCCCUGGUGCUGCACAUCUGAAAAGGGAAUUAUCUUGAAUCUUAACUCACAGAACCUAUUAAGAUGCAUUUGUCUGGCACUAGCAUCUCUAGAUGCAGAGCAUUAGUUGCUUGUAAACUAGGUUGGCUAAGUCCUCUCAGACUCAAUAGCAGUAGAGAAGUAAAGUCCAACCACUAGGGGUCUUUGCAGGUCUGAUUUUGUGCUGUUCAGUUAUUACUGGUUUAUACAAAGACAGUAUGAAGACUGUGGGGUUUUUUUCCUCCAUAGCUAUUUAACUACGUUCUUACAUUUAACAGGAAACUUUUAAAAACAGAAUGACUUUAAAUAUGGUUGGUGAACUUGGUGAACAAUUAAGAGUCUGAGCAAAACGUUCAGGCCACAGCUGCAUAUGUAAUUCCCCAAAUAAGGGGAUGCACAUGAGUACAGCUGAGUAAGCAAGUCAUACAGCAUGAAUUACUUGAGAAUUGGAACCUAUUUACAAAUUCCCUACAAUCAGUAUUUAAUUCUCGGAAGUAAGUUAUCAAUAUUAACACUUCUAAAAAAACACCACUCAGUCACAAAAAAAAUGUAUAUUUGCUGGUCAAAAUCAAGUGUUCUACUGUGGAUGGUAAUACAGCUGUGGUUUGUGUUAUCCUGGUAGAUAAAUGCACAAGCAGUUCCUUUAACAAAUGCUUGUUGAUGUGAGAUUCACAUUUGUUUUCAUAAAUUCUGAUUCUGAAAUUUGAUUUCCUCAAAUAUCCCUGCCAUUAAAAAUCAAAGCGUGAGUGUGAGUAGAAAGUGACCAUUAGGGGGCGUAAACACAGAGCCUGAUACGAGUUCACAACAUUAUUUGAGCAAACAUUCCUGAAAUACUGUGAUAUCUUCCCAGUUCUACUUGUGCAGAAAGCAUUCAUUUCAAUGAUUCGCAGACUAUCGUGUACAGCAUAUCCCUUCUCAUUGCUUAAUGAAGUGGAACUUCCUCAGGAAGAAAGUAAAUAGAUAUUUCAGUGUUUAUAGAUGUAAUACUUUUGUCAUUCACAUUGAAUGAAAAUUGCUGGAAACAUUUUUCUCAAGAUUUUUUAAAAUGAAAAAUAGCUAUUAUUCUGAUAGUGGCAUGGUAUCUGAAGUGCAACAAUAAACUCUGUUAAGAAAACGUA